CUUUAAUUUUCGGUGUGUUCAUGUUCGAAACCCUAGCGUAGUUCAGCCCCCGCUACUUUCCUCUCUCUCUCUCUCUCUCUCGCUCGCUCGCUCGCGCUCCGCAUUUACACUUUGCAGCGGCAGCAGAAGCAGAAAUGUCGCACUUUGGGAGAGCCGGACCUCCGGACAUCAGAGACACCUACUCCCUCCUCGUUCUCAAUAUCACUUUCCGAACCAGCGCUGAUGAUCUUUUUCCUCUCUUCGACAAGUACGGCAAGGUCGUCGACGUUUUUAUCCCUAGAGACCGAAGGACCGGAGAAUCGCGAGGUUUCGCGUUUGUUCGGUACAAGUAUGCGGACGAGGCACAGAAGGCUGUGGAGAAGCUUGAUGGUUACUUUUACUUUCGAAAAUCCGACAUAUACAAGCAUAUUAUAGGUUGGUCUUAUUUAUGUAUAUAUCUUAUUUGCUUUACAGGAAAAAUUGUCGAUGGCAGAGAGAUUAUGGUUCAGUUCGCCAAGUACGGCCCAAAUGCCGAGCGAAUUCACAAGGGAAAGAUAUCUGAGACAACUUCAAAGACAAAAGGCAGGUCAAGAAGUCGGAGCCCUCGUCCCAGGCAUCGGGAUGAGGACAGAGAUAGGGACAGAGACAGGGACAGGGACAGGGACAGGGACAGGGAUUACAAAAGGAGAAGUCGUAGUAGGAGUAGGGAGCGAUCUGAUCGUGAUAGGAUUCGUGGGAGGGAAAGAGAGCAUCGUCGCCGGAGCAGGAGCCGUAGUGCAAGUCCUGGUCGUCAGAAAGAUCGUGGGAGAGGCAGACAUGAAGAUGAGCGGCGUAGUCGGAGCCGGUCAUAUGAUAGUGCUUCCCCGGCUCGCCGUAGUCCCCUUCCUCAAAGGAGCCUAUCUCCACGUAGGACACCUCCUGGCGUUGAAAGUCCUGAUGCUCGCACACAUAAUGGAGCUCCUGUGUCAAAAACUGUUUCACCGGUUGGUCAACGUGGUGAUUCUCAAAGCCCUGCUUCACGUAGUCCUGAUGCUGAUGAUUGAAAGAGUAGCAUAUGAUGUGAUGGAGAUAUCGUUGGCUCAAUGCAUUUGGUCUAUCUGCUUUAGAUAUGGAGAGGACAUGUUAAGUUGUGCAUGUUACGAUCAACACCUUGAUCGCUAGGUUUUAUCAGCAUGGACCUUCUGGGAGGUUAAACAUUACCUUGUUGGAUUCAAUGCCGUCCUUGACUUAUGUUUGAUGGUAGUUCAUGUAUUCUGAUUUCUAUAGGUUUGUACCAUUUGAAGUAUUCCGGAAUAGUUUUUGUUACAUUGCUUAAGAGUUCCUUCCAGUGGGUCAUUUCCUACUUUAACGUCA